CUGCUAACUACCGAAAACUUUUGUCUCAAAUAUUCUUCCUAAGCUGCUAUGAAUCCCUCAUUGGCUUCGACAAUCGAAGAACCCUCGAAAUAAUGAACAACUGAUUUCAUUCACAAUCGGUCAGUAAUCAAUAUGAUUUAAAUUCCUUCUUCUUUACUCUUUAUUUUCAGAUUUCUUUCACUUUAAUUUUCCCCUUUUUUCUACGAUCUCUCUUCAUCAUCUAUUAGUUGUAACAGUUUGAGUAUUAUCUGGUUUUAGGGUUUUCGAUUCCCAAUUUUAAAUAUUAUUCGAAAUUUACCUUUAAAUGAUGCUGUUAUAAUUGUAAAAUGUUGACUUGCAUCCAAAAUGCUCCUAUAAUCUUUGAUUUGGUAUGCGUUGAUAGUUUGAUUCAAAAUUUAUGAUUCCAAACUAGGGUUUUCUGUGAUUCACAUAUCUCAGAAUUCAGAAAGCGCAUUCUUAUUGAUGAUUGGUAAAUUAUGUGAUUUGGAAUUUUUAUGUGCAUUUUAGCAAUUAUUAAUUAUUAAUUGAAGAUUAUUUUGGGGUGCUCAUAAGUUUUCUUAGAAGUAAUUUUUUCAGAAGGAUACACUGUAAUAUGAUUAUGGUUUCAUCAACAAGUAAUGCUAGCUUAUACAACGAUGCUGAAUUGAGUCAUUCGUCAUUGAUACAUGGACUUCCAGAUGACAUUGCCUUAUUUUGCUUGGCGAGGGUUCCUAGGAAGUACCACAGUGUUCUUAAAUGUGUUUCCAAAAGGUGGAAAAACUUGGUGAGUAGUGAAGAGUGGUGGGAUUAUCGCCAAAAGAUUGGUUUAGGUGAAACUUGGAUAUAUGCAUUGUGCCGAGAUAAGAGUACUGAUCAAGUUAGUUGCUAUGUGUUGGACCCAAGAUUGUCGAGACAGAGAUGUUGGAAGCCUGUUCCUGGUGUUCCGCCUUGCUGUUUAAAAAGAAAAGGAAUGGGGUUUGAGACCAUAGGAAAGAAGUUAUACUUCUUAGGGGGUUGUGGUUGGUCUGAAGAUGCUACUGAUGAAGUUUAUUGCUAUGAUGUUGCCAUGAAUGCUUGGGAUGAAGCAGCUUCUAUGUCAACUGCAAGGUGUUAUUUUGGCUGUGAAUUCAUGGAUGGAAAGAUUUAUGCUAUCGGAGGAUAUGGUCUAGAGACAAGUGAUCCACGUUCUUGGGAUACUUAUGAUCCUAGUACGAAUUCAUGGGAAUCGAAUUCAGACCCAAACAUCAUCCUUGACAUAGAGGAUUCCAUGGUGAUGGAUGGGAAAAUCUAUAUAAGAUCUCGCACUUCAACCAUACCACCCCAUGUAUAUAUGUCCGUCUAUGAUCCAUCGAGUGGCAUAUGGCAACAAACCGACACCGAAAUGGCCUUGGGUUGGCGAGGCCCUACAGUAGUUGUGGAUGAUACCCUCUAUGCGUUGGAUCAGAGCUUGGGAACCAAGUUGAUGGUGUGGAACAAAAACAUGAGAGAAUGGAGUCUGAUAUGUAGACUCUCACCUCUCCUUCCGAGACCACCUUGCCAGAUGGUGGCUAUCGGAAGCAAUAUCUUCAUAAUUGGCAAAGGGCUUAGUACCAUUGUUUUGGACAUCGACAAUGUUGGUAAUGUGGAUGGAGUCACAGCAAGCUCAUCUAUACUCAAUUCAUUUAUUGAUUGUGAUGUGAUUAGUUGUAAAUGUGUAUCAAUCUAAUUUAUUUUUCUGUUCUUCGUUUGUGUUUCUGUACUUGAGUCAUCGUGUGUAUAUUAAUCCAGGGAUAGCCCUGAGGAACAAUUAGUUUCA